GUACCAUGCAUUACGACAGUCUCACUGCUCACUAUUUUUAGAGGUCAAAAUUCCGUGAACUUUGCAGUUUACCGAGAACACACGUUGUUUGCACAAGUACGGGAUUCCUUCAGAUCAACUGUGUCACUCAUCUCACACCAUGCCGCCAGCCGUAGCAGAGCCGAAAUUUGCUGAAGAAUCUUCUGAGGCCGUUGGAAUAAAUGCCGUACUUUUAGGUCCUCCUGGAUCUGGAAAAGGGACACAGGCUCCCCUUUUGAAAGAGAAGUACUGCGUUUGCCAUUUGUCCACUGGAGACAUGCUCAGGGCGGAAAUCGCCUCUGGCUCUCUCCUAGGUGCCAAACUGAAGAAGGUCAUGGAUGAAGGAAAACUUGUCAGUGAUGAGCUUGUUGUGAACAUGAUAGAUAACAACUUGGAUAAACCAGAAUGCAAGAAUGGAUUUUUGCUUGAUGGAUUCCCAAGGACUGUGGUCCAAGCGCAGAAGCUGGAUGAGUUGUUAGAUAAAAGACAAACUACUUUGGAUGCUGUCAUUGAGUUUGGAAUUGAGGACAGUUUGUUGGUACGCAGAAUCACUGGCAGGAUGAUCCAUCCAUCUAGUGGUAGAUCUUACCAUGAUGAGUUCCAUCCUCCCAAGAGAGCAAUGAUUGAUGACAUUACUGGUGAACCACUGAUUAGGCGUUCUGAUGACAACAUUGAAGCUCUGAAAAAGCGUUUGCAGGGAUAUCAUAAUCAAACUCGCCCCCUCGUUGAUUACUACCAGCUGAGGGGAAUUCAUCACAGGGUUGACGCGUCUCAAGCCGCCACAAACGUCUUCCGUAACAUAGACAGCGUUUUCCUUCGUUCCAACAUGAAGAGGGCAUCAAUGUUGUGACCAUAAGCACAUCAAGAUAUGCAGAGAAACAAUAAUAUUAAUUCGCAUUUUUUAAUAUAUCUUUUCCAUUCCGGUGUCUGCUAACAUAUCAAAUAACGAUAAAUCAAUGUGAAAUUGAAGUUUAGUAUAAUAAAUAAUGUAAAUAUAA